AUAUCACUUUCAUAUUUGUUCCUAUCUUCAUGUCAUUCAGAUAUUUACAUUUCUGUCAAGUCCUUCUUAAUUGUGAUUGUGAAAGUGUUUUAGGAUUAUUCUCUUGUGUUUUAACUUAAUUAGUAUUGUUCUUUUUAUUAAAAAAUGUCUUGUCGUCAAGCAUACCAUGCUGGAUGUUGGUACACCGAAAAUGGUAGCGAACUGUCACGGCAACUAGAUUUGUGGCUAUCGAAAGCAGACCUCACCCACGGGCCGGCCAGAGCGAUAAUAGCACCUCACGCCGGAUACUCCUACUGCGGCGCUUGCUCGGCGUACGCAUAUAGACAAGUCAGUCCUGUGGUUGUUAAACGAAUCUUCAUAUUGGGUCCAUCACACCACGUGAGGAUCGCAGGAUGCGCUCUUUCGUCCCUCGACAAGUACCAGACUCCCCUCUACGAUCUCACCAUCGAUAAACAAAUAUACGCGGAGCUGGAGGCCACACGUCAGUUCGAUAGAAUGGACGAGCAGACCGAUGAAAAUGAGCAUUCCAUUGAAAUGCACCUACCUUACAUAGCCAAAGUCAUGGAGGAGUACAAAACCAGUUUCACGAUUAUACCGAUUUUAGUAGGCUCUCUGACUCCAGAGAAGGAAGCCAAGUACGGAGCGAUACUGGCGCCGUAUUUGGCCGACCCUCAAAACCUGCUGGUGAUCUCAUCCGACUUCUGCCACUGGGGCAGCAGAUUCAGGUACACGUGGAAGGAUAGCUCCAGGGGCCACAUUUACCAGAGCAUCGAGUGGUUGGACAAACUGGGAAUGGAUUUAAUCGAAAAAAUGGAUCCGAAGGCGUUUACGGAUUAUUUAAAUAAAUACGGCAACACCAUAUGCGGUAGGCAUCCGAUCGGAGUGUUGCUACAGGCCAUUUCUAAACUAAGCUCCCAGUCAAACGCGCCCAAGAUGUCAUUGAAGUUCUUGAAGUACGCUCAAUCCUCGCAGUGUAUGAAUUCGAAAGACUCCUCCGUAUCGUACGCCAGCGCGUCGCUGGUGUUCGAAUAAGGGUUGCCAGCCUCGAAAUAAAUUUCCAACCUAAAGUUAUUUUACUAAACACUACAAUAGAGCUUAGCAGCGGUCUCCGAACUCCGAUUUCCUUGUUAAACUUUCUAUGACGCAGUAAAUUAGCAGUCUGCAGUAUCAAUUGCCAAUCUCCCUAAGAUUCUCUUCUGUGCCACGUCACGACAAACAAACGAAGAUCUAAAAUUUUUGUUUUCAUUAUUUUCGAGACCGCACCUUCGGUCAACCGUCAUGAAUAAUCUCUCGGUAAAGUCGUGGGAAUGAUUUUAGUGGCAGCUUUCAAAGAACUCAAAUAGCCACGGCUAUUUUAAAAUGGCUUAGUUUAAUUUCCACCAUACUCAUGCACUUUCGCAGGCGCUAAACGCCUAAUAAGCCAUCGUUUUUAAACCUGAAGAAACAUUAAAAUUAACAGAAUGAAAACUAUUAACUUCGCGUCCAGCCUUCUCGCCCGCGCUUCCAUUCAUAGAAUAUUUGAAUUUACGCCGCGUCAAAAGCACCCCGCUUAUGGUUUAAGUUUCGGAGGGGAUAGCACUCCGUUCGGUUGGUAGAAACUUGGUUGUGAUUCUAUAAAAGGCUUACUUUGUCCUCUGCCUUAUUUGGAGUGACAGGCGUCAAGUUUGACAGCUGUCAAAUUUGUCCAUAUGUCAGUUCGAGACGCGAACACAAAUAACACGUCAUUGAAUUUGUACUUAUCCGUUAUUAUGUAAUUACCUUCACUGUCUAAUGUUUUUGGAUGGUUACUAAAUUUAUAACUCAGUCUAAUAAACGUUUUGUAAAUUAUAUAUAAUAAUUAUCUAUAUGAAUGCUUCUCUGGGUAUAAUAUGUCGAUUGAAUUUAAAAUUGUUCGCCAAAAAUUGUAUUUUCUUUGCGCGUGGGUUCCUUGAUAGUCUGAAAUUUAGGUACCUUUGUUUCUUCAAUCCUGUGCUUUUUACCUCAACAACCCACAACGUGAUUAAACUUUCUGCCAAUUGUCAAGAUAGAAGUAAACAAAGCUUAAAAUAGAUAUUGUCUAAGCAAUUUUGAUUCGAGUUUCAGCCCUAAAGGCUAGCUAUUGUGACCGGCUUAACUACUUAUGUUGAAGAACGUUUAAGAUAAAGUUGCCAGCACUUUCCAAGAAAUAAUAAUUUAAAUGUAAUUUUACCAGUUUUUUUAUUGUCAUUAUAUUAUUUUGUGAUUAAAACGUGAUUUAUAAACAGUAAAAAUAGUUCUAAUUAUACUUACGAAUCGAUCGUAAAACCGAUGAAAAUAUACUUUUCAGAAUUUGUUCUUUUUUUUUUUUUUUUUUUUUAUUUCUUAGAUGGGUGGACGAGCUCACAGCCCACCUGAUGUUAAGUGGUUACUGGAGCCCAUAGACAUCUACAACGUAGACGCGCCACCCACCUUGAGAUACAAGUUCUAAAGUCUCAGUAUAGUUACAACGGCUACCCUACCCUUCAAACCGAAACGCAUUACUGCUUCACGGCAGAAAUAAGCAGGGCGGUGGUACCUAUCCGCGCGGACUCACAAGAGGUCCUACCACCAGUAAAAACAGUAUUCUGACAGUAUUCUGUCAAUAAAGUGUUAGAUAAAGAAUCAAAAUUGCUUCGAUGUUUUGGAACGCACUUGUAAAAUAGUAAAAAAAUGUCAAUCUAUAGAUCUAUGUACAUUGAUUAAGCAUAAGUUUAUGAAUAGAGAUGUAUUUUAGUUUUUUUCCUUCUUUAUUUCUUAAUUUUAUACUCGCACAUUUUGUUUAAGUAUUUCAAUAAAAUACAUUUAAUAGA